CAGUCGUUUUUAUGCCGUCGCCGUAGCAUAUCGCAUCUCGUGAGUCCAGUUAAUGUUGUGAUAGUGCCGUAUCACGUGUGAACUGUGGUAGUGAUAAGCGCGCCAAGAACAGGAAUUAUAAUAUUAUUCUUUUCCUUCUCAUUCCUCUGUAAUUAUUCUCAAUGCGGCUGUGUUAUGUAACCGGUCGAAUGAGUGUACAGUAAUAUAGGAAAAAUUUACAAUGUGUGUUUCUUCGAAUAGCCGUUGAACGCUACUAUUUAUAUCUUAUACGAUUAACAAUUGUACUACAUGGAUUAUUCACUGCCGAUAAAACCGUCGAAAAUACACAUCUUCUGGGAAGCUUAUUCGAAUAGUACAAAAUCGAUCGAGGGAAACGCACUGAAAAAUGAUUUUAAAAUCGCUUGGUUUGACUUGUUGCUCUCUGAAAUACUAUUCGUCUAUGAGAAGACUAAAAAAAUUCCAGAAGACAUCCCUAAAGGAAAUAUGUCAAAUGCAUUAGUCAAUCAAUUAUUGUCCGAUAUCGAUCAUAUAUGCUCGGUUUCUGGAGAAGAAGAUUUUUCUUGUUUAAAAAAAUAUAUUUUAAAUGAUCGAGGAUGGAGAUGUCUUACUGUUUUACAUUUACUAGGCACACAAGAUGUUCAACAAUUGAAGGAAUUGGCCAACGUUUUAGUAUCAAUGUAUAAUAUAUUUAAUGACGAAUCCGAUAGUAAGGAUAUAAAUCAUGAUGUAACACUGACAAAAGAUAAUCCGUACAUGCUUCCGUCUGACGAGUUCAACCUAAAGCUAGAUGAAUUGAUCAAACUUACUAAAUUCCAAGGUGUAAAAACAAAGUCUAAAAACUCUGGCAGAUCAAGUCCGAGUGUACCUAGAUCCCGUCGCGUUAGCUCUGUGUCAGCAAAUAGGUUUAAAAAUCAAUCCAUUGAAAAUAAUGACAAGGGGAACGAUGUUGCAGAAUCUAGUGAAUCAGAAUCUCAUACUGUUUCUGAAAUACCCAAGUCGAGCACACUACGAAUUCGUUUCAACCCUAUGGAUUUUGAUUAUUUUACGUCUAUUGUGCGUAGUGAAGAUGAACAAGAGUACGAUAACAAUGAAGAAAAAAGCUCCGUAAAAAGAAAAACUUUUUAUCCCGGCUAUUUUUUCGAUGAUCGUAUAAAGACUAUUACUACCUGUACGACAACUCCUAGCAAAUUGAAACUAUUAGUACUUGAUUUGCUUACACAGAUAUUAUCGAAAGGUGCUCAAACCCAAUUUAAUAAAUGCACGUUAAAGAGUAGUCACCAAUUUGUACCGUUCAUUGUGAUGAAAUUUUCUUUGGACAAUAUUUCCCUGUUGCAGUUCGAUCCGUGUAACUUAUAUGAUGACAAAAUACAAUCCAAAAUGUUGUACAACAUGGUUUUAGCUGUAAAACAACUUUAUCAAUACCCGAAUAUCAGUGAAACAAUCACACAAGAAGGUAUCGUGCCAUUGCUGUUGCAGAUUUUAGAAGGUCUGGUGACCAAAUCCAGAGCUUAUGAAAUAAAAGAACAUUCCUGCCGUCAAAAAAUUCUUUUCGGAGUUCUUUGCGCCUUGUUAAUGAUGUACUCGCUGAUGUUGUUUGAGUGUUAUUCAUACAAUAGUCAUUUUCAUUUUUUAAAGCACAUUCGUGUAAUGCUCGACUGUCAACGUGGGAAGUUGAUAGAAAAAUGCAUUUCGGUAAUGCUUAACGUGAGAGGAAAAGAGCUUUGCAAUGAACAUAUUAAAAUUGUCGUAAACCUACUGGGUUUGUUGGUGUUAAACAUGAAAAAAAUAAGACAGCGUAUGGUACACGUUCAGGACUGUAGUAAAGUUCGACACAGGCAUUGUAAUAAAUUAAUGAUGCACCAUCACGAUAAACUUUUUGGAGAAGUUUACGUGAGCAGUUUAGUUUCGUCUCAAGACACUAGUCAGAACUGCUGCGUUACGUCAUUAUCGUUGAUUCUCAUUCGCCUAAUGAUAAAUUUAGAGAGCCCCGACAAAGAAUUAUGGUUUUACCUCGCCAAAACUAUUGGUGUUGCGGGAACGUGUUGUUGUAUACCCCUGUCAGCAGUUUUACCGAAAUUGUUGAAAGUAGUUGGUGAAAACGAUUUCAAGAAGAGUUCCAUGGUGUUGCAACUUUUAGAAAAAACAUUAUACAGAGACGCUGGCGCCGCGUACAAAGACGUCGCUUGCAAGGUGUGUGAUGAUGAAAACAAUGGUACAAUAUCAUAUGAAAAGAGCAAAAUUAAAAAAGAACAAAGAUGGUUGACUUUUGAAUUGUUCAGAAAACUGUUAAUUGGGCCGAACUUAAAAUUGUCUUAUGCCGUUGGGCAGCAUUUAUCUAAAAAUGCUCCUGUAUUUAUAAAAGAUGUUCAACAUAUAUUGUUGUUUCGAAUAUUUUAUCCUGUGUUCAAAGCGAGUGAAAAAUCAUAUAUAGAAAAUAAAAAUGAUUCCGAUCGUUUUCUGUUGAAUGUAUCGCUGAACGUAUUCAACAUACUAUUAGUGUCUUUGGAUUUUACGUCAGAAUUUGAUUCGAUGAACGGAGUCAAGUACAUAAAAGAUCUAAUAACCGAUCCGGUGUUUACUAAAUUGGCGUGUAGCGUUUUAGAAACAAAAAUAAUGUCAAAAAUGUGGACUUUAAAUCAAAUAAAAUCUACUCCCAUCAUAAUAACGGACACCCAAGCUGAAGAUUUGAACGUCAUUGUGAAUGCAGUGUUUAAUUUAGUAGAGUUAUUCUGUAGCUAUGUGAUGAAGCCUCAUUCGAUAGAGAUAAAUUUGAAAUUUAAGUACAGUCUUUCAGUUUUGGCGGAUAUAUUACAAGAUGAAAUUGCAUUUGAUUCUGUAAACAAGUAUAACGACUAUAAUAGCGUCAUAUCUAGAUUGGGAGAUUUAUUUCAAUGUUUGGCUAGACUUUCGUUGACGUGUCCAAGAAUAAGAAGUUAUUUACAAGUAUCGUCCGUCAUACAUCAAUAUGACACGCUCUUAUCAAUUGUAUCUUUACUUUUGAUUAGACCUAUAAUUGUGGAAGGUAAAAUUGAAGUAGCGAUCGAAGACAAAAACGUUAUGAACUUGAAACUAAUUGAAUGUUUAUUGGUGUUAAACCUGUCGAUUUUUGAAAAUAAAAUUACUUUGGAUUCCCACGUAAAAGACUUGUUAAUAGAAGCAUUGUCUAAGGGCCAUAUUGGAAUCAAACAAGUUUGCAGCUCUUUGAUAAGGUGUGCUACAGUAUCUUCCAACCGACACAGGAAUUCUUUAACGACAGGACUGUCAUUAACAAAGUUGUUAGACACUGAAACACCGACUAAAACGGAAUGGAUGCCAUUUGAAGAUGAUGACGAUUUUAAUUCAGGAGAUGAAGGUUACGAUGCUGAUAUUGAAUUUCAGAGUUGGAUUAAUAUUGAUUCUUCUGAUAAGACUGCAGACGAAGUAAUUUGUCAUAAAAUUUUCCAUACAGAUUCUAAAAAACUGAAUAUCAUGCAUCCUGCUUUAUGUACAUUGGCCGUAGAUUUAAUGACUUUUGCCAGAAACCUUGAUAAUUUGGAAGGAAUUAUUUACUGUUUACAAAGACUAAUCGCAAUUUGUAAAGAUAACAACGAAAGCUGUAUAAAACUCGCAAAAGAAGGACUUAUUGCUAAACUAUUAGGUUGUAUUAAAGAACAUAUGGCCAACUCAGACAACGUCGAGCUUUACGAUACAAUUUAUAUUUAUAUGAUGGAACUAAUUGCCUUGAUGGCUUGCCACCACAUUGAGAAUCACGAACUUCAAACAUACUUAGAAAUGUUUAAAAUGAAUAAUCCGUCGCUAAAAUUGGUACUCCUACCAUUGACAUACUUGCUAGAUCAUAUAUCAGUAUUGUGGGAACCGCACUACAGUAUUAAAUUUCCAGCCAAUGUCAUAUCAGACAUACCGAUCAGCGAUAGACCAGCAGAAGCCUUAGCUAUUUUAACUCGAGAAAAUCAUAAAGAAAUGAGACUAUUAACACCUUGGUCAGUUUUUGCAUUGAGUUUGCCUAUAAAUACAGAUCUAGGAUGGUCUAUAUUUUCAACAGGAUUUUCACUGUCAUUGUGGCUUCAUAUCGACCAUGUGCAUAAAUGCCCAAAUAGCAAACUUAACAGCUCGUCUGAAUCUAUUGGGAAAAUCCAAUAUUUUUCCAAGGAAACAAACUCUUUAGACGAUUUAACUCAUAUGCUAUCUAUUGGAUUCGAUGCAAUGCUUGUUGAGUUUUGGGUGAACCCAAAUUCUGAUGGACUUGUUGCAAGACUGUCGAGGCCAAAUGAAAAUAAAUUUGAUAUACUUUCCGAAGCAAAUUUCAACAAUUGUAUAAGUUCGACAGCGUGGCAUCAUGUCGCUAUUAAUGUUAAUAACAUUAAGAAAGGAGAAAAAAACAUUGAAAUUUCAGUAAUAGUAGACGGUUUGUGUGAAAAUAAAGCGAAUCUCUCAUUUAACGGAUUUCUCAUCAAGAAACCUAGGCCGUCCAAUGUCCUCUUAGGCGACACUAGAGAUAUUGCUCCGCCGAUAUCCAUAGGAAAUAUAAUGAUGUUUAGACUUCCAGUAUUAACUAAAGAAUGCGCGUGUACUUUAGUUGCUUUUGGACCAGACUUGGAAAAUUUAGCUGAUUGUUCAAACAAUUUACUGAAACCCAAUUUCAGCAUAUUGUUUAACGAUUCGGUUUAUAACUUGAAUUCAUCGCUAAAUUCUAAUUUCGACUGGCAUCAAAUGGCAAAACAAUGUUACGAAACUAUCAAACCUUUACAAGAUGUCAUAUUAUUAAGUUUUACACCAAGGGAACCUCGCACAGUUUGUCUAUAUUCGCUUACUCUGCCUAAUCCAACGGGAGCAUUAUUUCCACCUACGCAGCCGUUGAUGUUCAAAUUGGCAGUGUACGACUUACGCGCUUGUCAGAGUCCGCCGCAGGUGGUAUCCACGGUUAUUGUGAGUUCGAUUGACGUUUUCGAACCACAUGGAUUUUUGACUGUGGUCAAUAAUAUUGGAGGAAUAUCGUUACUCUUAUUUUUAUUUGCAAGGGUUUUAGAACUUGAUUCGUCGAGCGAUGACCAAGUCAAAGUGUUGAAAGUUCUAUUACACUUUAUGCAGGCCGAUUCAAAACUUUAUUCAGAAUUCAUAAUGCUCGAUGGAUAUAAAUUAUUAACAAAGGCUCUAACCUCGUCACGAACCCUGCCGAGUUGUUCGAUGUUAAUGGUGCUCUUGGAAGCAGGUUGUAACAAAAAAGGAGCAUUUGUUCGAGUCAACGAUGAAUGGACUAUCAAUAUGUUCUACGAAGGAGUAUUACUCAACACAAGUUUUAUCAAAGAAGUAGUGUUACCGUGUUGGAAAAUAUGGACCGACAAGGACGAACAAUCUAUUAAAUAUUUGUUCAAAUUUUUCAAACACCUUCUGUCGUCAAAUCACCCACAUAGAAAAUUUAAUUUAAAACAGUUGCAGUCGUCUGAACUGUUAGAAGUGAUUUUGCUGCAAAUAAAAUGUCAAUUAUUGUUGGAAGAUAGUAACGAAACAGCUUUGUCAUGUUGCGUUCAGAAGGAUUUGGUGGAGUUUGUGCAAAAUGUUUUUGAUUUGCGAAUGAAUAAGAAUUACUUAACUCUGAUAUUAGACUUCUUAAUCGCCGUUCAUUCAGCCACUUGUCUAUAUUCUCCACAUUUCAAACCAUCUGUUUAUUUUGUUUUAACACCUCAAUCAAAAACAUUUUCAUCACCAGAUUAUCAAAUUUUUAUUUCAUCAGAAUCAUGCGAGUCGGACAUUAACAAAUUGCAUUUGAUAAAUGACUAUUCCGAACCAGACUUUUGUAGUUCUAUUGAUACCUUAAGGUUGAAUAAUGAAUUAUUAAAACUUCAGGCCAAACAAAAUUCAACAAAAGACGAUAAAUAUUCCAAAACUUAUUUAUCAAAGGCUAGCGGAGAAACAUCAGAUAGUAGUGAACACAUUAUUCCCGAGGAAACUGGCCAGGAUUCAGGUAUUGAUAGCAGUGUGAAAGAUGUCGGAAUAGCUAUGAAACUAACUGACAAUGAAACCUCUUGUGAUGCUGAUGCUUACGAAGCAGAAGUCUACUUUGACACAGAAGCUAAAUCAAAUAACAUUAAUCAAUUUCGAUUAACCGAUACAAAAAGUAAUUGUGAACUCAUUGAAGGCUUAUUUUCCAUAUUAAGAAAUGCGUUGAUCAAUAUGUCAAGCUCUAUUCCGGAAAAUAUCUUAGACAAAGUGUUCAACAUAGAAAAGUUUAUUAUUCUACUCAACAAUCCUAGACCAAGGAUUAGAAUUAUCAUUUUAAAAAUAUUCAACGUGUUCUUGCAACGUUGUAGUCCGUCAUACGCUAAAAAGUUCUCUACUAAACUCAAAGGGUUUUAUCAAAUGGCCAACGUGUUGGCGUUGCACAACACAACAAUAAGUUUAGUCGAUACUUGUGCUGCAAUGUUCACUGGUAGCUAUUGGCUACCUUUGGAUGAACAACUUCAAUGGGAUCAGACUGUUGAGAUGGCGUCGCUUAACUUUGCUGCGCUUCCGCUAUUGCUAUCACUUAUACCAAAAUCGGCACUUAAUUUGACAUUGUGUUCGAGUAUAGUGAACUUUUUCCUCAAACUCGUAACAAAAAUUCCACAAGUUUUGCCUACUAUCAUCGAGUAUGGUCUGAUAGAAAGUCUGUUUAAAACUUUAUCAAUAAUAGCAUGCAUUUACCCAUCGUAUCAAUCGCACACGGAAUUGAGUAAACAAGAUAUACUUGUUGACGAUAUAAACUCGCUUAUAAUAACUCUAAUUACUUCCGCUAUCCACACUCCAGGAGUACAAAAUAUUCAAAUUCUAAAUGACGCCGUUUAUCAAUGUAGAUAUUUACAAAACACUGAAUUACAAACGUCAACAGAAGGGUACAAGUCAAACUUAAUUCUGAGAGAAACCCAGCGCUUUAUCUUAGAAUCUGGAAUGGACACUAUACAAGAUCUUAUACAGACACAACCUCCACCAGCUCCCGCAUUGACUCGCCUGAAGAAAAAUCUCAGCUCGGUUUUAACAUUAAAUCACACUAAGGAUUUUGUUGUCGAGCCUUCCAUGUCUGCUAGCGAAUCGAGUUUGUUUAGUGUUGCUUCCCUUUAUUACCGUCAGAAACCUUUAUCUCGGGCUGAGCUUGUAGAAAGAUACAAAAACAUUAUCAAUCGGUCUGUUGAGUUUAUUUUUGCCCCAAACGUUAGCUGUGCUGAUGAUACCAUCCCAGAAGUUCCGUUUGCGUGUCAUUUAUUCAAUAUCUUUCUAUACAAUCUGAGUAGCAUAAUUCAAAGUACUCGUGAACAGAGACAACAUCCGUGGGUUUCAAUUUAUGGCGCCGCUCGUGAUCUUAUAAGGUUGCAAGCUGCCAAUUUGUUGGUUUGGCUUUUAAGCCCUCAGCAAACGAAUAGGAUUCGCUUAUAUGCCGUGGAAUCGUUAAUAAAAGAAAUAAGAACAAAAGAUUUUUAUAAAAAUAUAAUUUACAUUAAUCCACAAACUGAACAACGGUUUUACAUGUAUUUGUUUUCACUAAUAAACGCCAAGUUGCCGACGCCAUUAACCGAAGAAGAAUUGUAUAAAUGUGAAGUUUUAAAAGAAAAUCUCAUAGAGUUUGAAUUGUUAACUAACGAAAGCAACGGCAUGGCUUACGAAAAAGAAUGGGAGGUACAAAUCGAUUCUGUCGUAGAAACUAUGAACUUGGAAUUAAACGAGAUGUACGCCAGUCAGAAAAACAAUAUUAUCAAAAGCGUUUGUAAAUGGGAUAACACGGUCAAGUCGAUUUGUAAUGCAGCUUUAUUAUUGACUACUCGUUUGUCCGAAGAACAGAAUUCCCAACGAAAACGGCUAUUAGAAAAAACAAAAGAAAACUUCAGAAAUACAAUUCAAGCUACAUUACGUUGGAAAUCUAUUAUCAAUCAAAUGUCCCACGAAAAGGCACCCUGGUAUUUUCCAAAGUCUUAUCCAACAUCGUGGGAACUUAACCCAACAGAAGGUCCCAACAGAAUGCGAAAUCGUCUUCAACGGUGUCAUCUCAAAAUUGCAAAAAGAUUUAUCAAGCCAGAAUUUUCUCAAAAAGUCGAAAAGGAUACAGUUAAAGGGCCUUUGGAAUAUUUGAUAUCAGAUAAUUUAGAAGUGCCCGUGUCGUCGGCAGUAGUCGAGAGUUUGUUAUCGCAAGAAAAAAUAUCGUACAUGAGUACUGCUAAAUUAGUACUUCUUUGGGAAAAAAUUAAAUGUGAAGUCCUCGUUAGUGAACAUUCUAUCUAUAUUGUCCCAAUUGCCGGAUCUCAGAAUACCGUUCAAAAUGAUUAUUCGCACGUUCUUAAGUUUGACGAAAUUAAGGAAAUACACAAUCGUCGUUAUUCAUUAAAGGAAAGAGCCAUAGAGAUAUUUCUCAUUAAUGGAAAAACAUUUUUAAUCGCUUUUCAUUCUCAACAGGAAAGAGAUGAAUUUAGUAACUAUUUAUUGAAUUUUCCAAUGUCCAAUCGAAUUACCAGUGAAAUACUCAGCGAGACAGUAAAUUUAUGGAGGACAAGACAAAUUACCAAUUUAGAAUAUCUAGGUAUUCUGAACAAGAUGGCUGCACGUUCUUAUAACGAUUUAAUGCAGUAUCCUGUCAUGCCUUUUGUAUUAGCCAGUUACAAUGGCAAAGAGCUAGAUCUAAAUCAAAUGUCUACUUACAGAGAUUUAAUGCGACCAAUGGCAAUACAAAACAAGAAAAAAGAAUCUCAUUACAUUCAGCAUUACAAUUAUUUGAAAGAAGAAAUGCAUCGAUUCGGAACUGAUCCUCACCACUACAGUUCACAUUAUAGUAACUCUGGAACGAUACUUCAUUUCUUAAUUAGAGUCCCACCUUACACUCAAAUGUUCAUCAAAUAUCAAGAUAACAACUUUGACGUACCUGAUCGAUCGUUCCAUUCUAUGGAAGUCACUUGGCGUUUAUCGUCCGAUGAAUCGACCACGGACUUAAAAGAACUCAUUCCAGAGUUUUUUUAUUUACCAGAAAUGUUCAUUAACUUUGAACAGUUAAAUUUUGGAACAAAACAGUCCGGUGACGUCGUCGAUGAUGUACUGUUACCUCCUUGGGCUCAAAACAAUCCUAGGUUAUUUGUAUUAAUUCAUAGGCAACUAUUAGAAUCUGAUAUUGUUAGUGAAAACUUGCCUCAUUGGAUAGAUUUGAUAUUUGGUUUCAAGCAAACCGGUAAAGCUGCGAUCGACGCAAUCAAUGUAUUUCAUCCUGCUACCUACUACGGGUCACACAUAGAAGAAACAGACGAUCCACUAGCGAGAUCCGCAUUUAAGACUAUGGUAAAUACCUAUGGCCAGACGCCAAGACAGCUUUUUCGUUCACCACACCCAAUGACGGUUGAUGAUUAUUCUAUGAAAAACUUGACCAAAAACACUAGUUGUCCAAGUGUUAUAUCGGGCGUAAAGAACUUGAAAUGGGGUAACUACGUCGGUUCUCCUGAAGAAUACGCUCCAAGUUGUAUUUGGAAAAGCCAACAUAAGACUCCGGUUUUUAAUUUCUUACCGCUGCGUACUAACGAUGUUUUCGGACUGUCUAAUAAUUCAGCGUUAAUUUUGACAUAUUCUAAAGAGAAAUCAUUGACAUUACUAAAUGAAGGUGUUACAAUAAUGGCUGUAGCAAUAUUGUCGUGGAGUCAUGCUGACGGCUUAGUACGUAUUAAGCAGCGCAAAGAAGCACCGUCUAGACCGGCUUUAAAAUUCUUCUCGGGUGAUAUAGUCAGUACGAUCGCUACAGCACCGCAUUGUCCAUACAUUUGGAUUGGCUUCAAGACUGGUCUCAUCCAUGUGUACAAAUUUUAUUUCGAUACUACUGCUGGAAACGUAAUGAUAUAUAACGAACCUUUCAUUCUUGUUGGACAUCAAAGUGAAAUUUCAUGCAUUUCCGUAAAUCCAGCUUUUAGCGUUGCCGUGAGUUGUGGAAACGAUGGCUCGGCAAUUCUUUGGGAUUUAAACAGUCUUACGUAUGUGCGAUCGUUACAUCCAAUGGAUUAUUCAAUUAAUUUAGUUACAAUAAGUGAAACACUGGGUGAUAUAGUGACGAUCGCCUAUAAUGUGAAUACUGAAAAGUCUAUUAUGACUCUUCAAACGAUAAACGCCUCUGUUGUCGGAACCGUAGCCAGUGAUAAAAAAAUUACAGCUGUAUGUUUUUCUAACGCACCCGAAGGUAUCUCAGUGAACGUCAUAGCAACCGGAUUGGAAGACGGAAGCGUCAAGUUAUAUAGUACGUGGGAUUUAACUUUUGUGAGUGAAAUACCGAUUAGCCACUUUGAUGGUGCUAUAAUUGCGAUUAUUUAUUCAAACGAUUCUCAACACUUAUACAUGUCUUCGGAAGGCGGUACGGUAACUAUUUGGGGGUCGUUUGGUUCGAAACGAGUCAGUGAAACCCCGAAAUUUUUAAACCUCAGUAUGCUAUGAGAAAGUAAGGGAUUGGUUUUUGUAUAAAAUAGUAUUAUCAUAAGACUGUAAUGUUGAACAAAAAUUCAUUUCUAAACAAUUACCUUUACUAUAAUUUUAUAAAUAUUUCUUUAUUGAGUUUACUACUGUAAAUAUGAAUUAUUGAUAACUAGUCCAUAUUCCAUAUUUAAGUGCAUUUAUUUAAAAAUUAUAUUUUAUAUUUAUACAAAUUUGUUUAAGAUAGAACUUAUCAUAGUUUUGUAAAUUAUUAGUAUAUAUAAUUUAUGUACUGUUGUGUUAAUGUUUUUAUUUAUACAUUUUUUAUUAUGGUUUUUUUUUUCACUUAUAAACUGAGCGUGUAUUUUAUUGAAAAUUUAAUAACUCAAAUUUUCUUUAUAUUGACUUAUCAUUGUUAUAAUUGGUUGAGUUCCUACUUAAAAAUUUUGCAAAAUUAAUUAAAUUUUUUUGUAAUAGUAAUUUAUUUAUAUUUUUUUAACAUAACAAUAACUUAAGCGACAUCACAUUUCCAGCAAUAACGUAAUUUUUUUAAUAAGUCAACGUGAUAAUGAUCGACAGUGCCAAUGUGGAAAAUAUUAAGUAUUAUUGAGUUGUUAUAAACCUUUGUUUUACUUGAAAAAGUAUUAAUAGUAUUUAUUUAUAUAUAUUCUAUAUAUUAGAUAAAAAUCUGUAAGAAUUUAUGUUAGUGUUAA